UCACGUUGCCAUGGCAACACCAGUAGUACGACACCGUGGCAAUGCAGCGGCUCUGAACUAAAAUGUCCACCUCCUCAGAAGACAAAACCAAGAAGAGGACUCUGGUUCUGAGGCACUCCUCCAGGGCGGUAAACGUCUGUGUGUCCGAUCGCCAUGGAGGCUACCAGAGCUCCAGACUCACCGGCAGCAGGAAGAGCCUCAGUCUGGGAGGAGGCAGCAAAGUCCUGGACAAGAGCCACGUCCAGACUCCCAGACCUGCUGUCCGGGUGUUUGAUAAAGACGACAAUGACGUCACUCCUCAGCCGCUGCAUCAGGCUGAUCCAGGAACAGCUCAGGCCAAAGGAAGCAGGUUCUUUCUAAAUGAAAUCUCUGGAGGAUCAGGAUCAGACCAGACCACAGCCACGGGGAGCUUUACCAUGCCGUUCUCCAAGUCAGUAUUUGAAAGCAGCAGAAUAUCCAGCCAGUCUACCAUAGAGUCGGUGAAUGAGGAGACAGAGGACACAUUUUCUAAAAGUGACCAGCCAAUCAGCAUCCCAGAUGUGAAGCUGAAAAAGAGCACGGUGAAAGAACCGGUAACAGAAGAUGUGUUGAAAGAGAUCAUAGACAUCUUCCUCACUGAGACAGACACCAUCUCACUGCUGGACAUACCCAGCACCUUUGUCUCAGUGGAUUCUGACGAGGCAGACACUGUCAUAGAGAGAAACAACCAGUAUGCUGAACUUUGCAGGAACACGAUGGGUAACGACGAUAAAUACGUGAAUCGAUCUGUGCAGACGCUGGAUGGAGCAGCUAAACACAAACACGUCCAGAGCGACAACCUGGUCAUGGUGGACGCAGGUUUGACUGUCACCACCUGGGACAUGUACAACACUCUGUGUGACCCUGAGCAGGAAAAAACUGUCAGGAGCCCUCAGCCAGACAAGACCGACUUGCCAGAAGCUGUUGUGGACUCCAGCAGAACAGCAGAAAGAAGCGUGUCAGUGGGCAGCACAGUCAGUUCAGUAAAAGAUGUGGACACAUCCACAAACACAGCAAACACCGACUCAGAGUUGCAGCUCAUCGUGCAGUCAGAGAGAUUCCAGCACAGCUUACUGGUGAUGGAGAGGAGCAUCCUGUUAAACAUCUUCCAACCUCAGCUGGCUGCUUACAGACAGCUGCCUGUACUAGAAGACCCAGACAGUCCGGUGAAGCCUGAGACUGUGGAGCAGAGAGAGGAGGAUACAGGAAGCUCUCAGUCGUUGUCGCCAUCCCUGCAGAGUCUCUGGGUUUUCAGCUGUAGGCUCAGCAGAGGACGCAGCGUCAGCAGCAUGGCCUGGAAUGAGAAGAACCCGGACCUCCUGGCUGUGGGAUAUGGUCAGUUUAACUCCGGGGACCAGGAACCAGGUUUGGUGUGCUGCUGGUCUAUCAAAAACCCCACGUGGCCCGAACGUUUCAUCCGCUGUGACAGCGCCGUGACCUGUCUGGAUUUCUCAGUCAACAGCCCGGGUCAGCUGGCGGUGGGGAUGCAUGACGGCACCAUCGCCAUCUACAACGUCCACAGUCGAGACAAGUCGAGAGUCAUCAGCAGCCACGAAUGUCCCAAAAAACACUUGGGUCCGGUGUGCCAGCUCAGAUGGACCCUGCAGGAGCUGAGCUUAUCAGGGGAGGACAAGGCUGAAGCUCUCUUCUCUGUAGGUGCAGAUGGAAGAAUCUGCAAGUGGUUUGUCUCCAGCAGUGGCCUCGACUGCACAGACCUGAUGAUGCUGAAGAAGGUUACAACAAUGAAGAGGCCUGGAGGGAACAAGACCAAUCAGACCAAAGAGAACAUUCUGUCUGUACUGACUCCUGGUCUGUGUUUUGACUUCCAUCCAGCAGACCCCGGUAUCUGCCUGGCCGGUACAUGGGAGGGUCUCAUCCACAAGUGUUCCUGUUCCAACACUCAGGAGUUUCUAGAGACUUACCAGAAACACUUUAGUCCUGUGAACUGCAUCACAUGGAGUCCUCUCAGUCCUGAUGUGUUCCUGAGCUGCUCCUCUGACUGGACCAUCCAGCUGUGGAAGCAGAACCAUCAGAAGCCCGUGUUGGGCUUCACCUCCACCCAGGGGGCUGUUUACGAUGUCAGAUGGUCCCCAAAGUGGGCCACGGUUUUUGGAGCUGUUAAUGAACAACAGCUGGAGAUCUGGGACCUCAAGACGAGCAUUCUGGACCCGGUCAUUGUUCAACCUGCUACCCCUGGAGUGACAAUGAUGUCCCUGCUGUUUGUCCAGCAGACGGAUUGUGUUGUGGUCGGAGACACCGGCGGACAAGUGACCGUCUACCAGCUCAAGAACCUCAGUGUGGGAGAAAGCAGCAGCCAGGUGGAUGUUCUGGAAGACCUCCUACGUUCUGCAGCUUCCAGAUAACCUCAAGAAACAGACGGAUGUAUCCGCAAUCCAGUAGGGUCUCCACCUUCAGUAGACUUUAAAUUUUACACAUAUGCUUUAAACUAAAGCAUGGCCUUUUGCUGCUUCAGACAAUUAUAGUUGAGUUUAACAGUGAAAUAUCAGCUUCUGGAUCUGCAUGUUGUUUCCAUUGGAAGAAAUCAAUGCCGGGAGUAUUAAAGGAGAGAUUUAUGUAUGGAUAAUAAAGUGUAAAUUUAACCACAA